AUGAGCAAAUCACGCAGUCACCGAAAACGACAUGUACCGCCAGGGCCCGUCGGAAUCUGGUUUCGAACCCAACAGCAGCAGCUUCAUUCGAAAAAUCAGGGAAGUGUCACGACCGUAAAUGCCGAACAACGAUCAUCCAAAGGAGAUUCUAGUGACAAUGCAAGUCAUUCUGACAAAUCAAACAACCAUAAGGGGGGCAGGGAUAGUUCCUUUUCGCCUGUGUGGAGCAACGUCCAAGAGGAUCUGAAACUCAAUACACCGUAUCUAUCUUCGUGGAAUGGUGAUCCAAAACAAAAAUACGAUGAGUUGCGUCCACACCUGCCCCCUGACUUUAUCUUGCUUAGAGAGGUUCUUCGAGGUGACCACGACUUUGCUAUUCCACCAGGAUUUCACUUGCUUCUUCUGGUCAACUCUAUUGAAUCACACAACCUACACAGCAUUUGUACUGUCGAACUUUAUGAUGAGACAGGAUUGAGUGUCCGUGCAUGGGUUGAGCCUCGGUAUGUACAAGAACAGAUGCGGAAGCAACAAGAGGCCUCUACCAUUAGAACUGGUGUCGUUUGGAUGCUGCAAGAAAUAGGUAUGAUGGUGCAGAUGAAUGAAGAUGACGAAAAACUCGAAAGGAUCCUUUUAAUUGGAGGGAAACAUAUAACAAAAGUAUGGACUCCAGAGGAUGCCAAAGAUAUGGACUUUUUGCAGCAUAUGGAGAGAAAGAAAGCCAUAUCACAGCAUAUUUUCGAAAUUGAUAAUGACGUCGAUAGCGUUCACGAUGGUCUCCACGAGGAAGAUGUCCAUGAGACUGGCGACAGUGACCAAGCAACCAAAGAUAAUGGUAUCGCUGGGGGUACAUGCGAUCAAAGAUUCUUCUUCUUCUCUCAUGCUACAAAAAAGGGAGAAGAAAAGAAUCUGAAGACCAAAAACAACUCUCUUCCACUGAUAGGAACUGAACAGUCGACUGCAAAGUCGUCAUCACAAGAUGUCUCGUGCCGACCGAGUGAACAAAAUGCGCUUGUGGACACUACUACAAAUUGUCCAAGCGUUCCCUUUCUAGAGAAAGAAGAAACAGAAGCGCAAUCUUUCAAUGAGCAAAAGUCCGGCACAACUCUGACAGACAAGAACAAUAGACACAACAAACGCCAUGAUGAAAAAUUGCACCAACAUGCCAAGAAUCGGAGAAAGCGGAGCAAACCUUCUCUUCAGAGCCCCACACAGGCAGAAGGAGGACCGCACAGAAUUUCCAAUUCAUUAGCAAGUUGUUUGUGGGACAAUGUGCAAACGGAUGAAGUGCUUGAGUUAUUCGACGACAAUGAGGACGAUAGCGACACUUUUGCAAACAACUUGGCACAUCCUCAGAGUAUCCAAGCAAAGAAUAUAUCAUUGUCAAGUGAAGGAUCGAGGCAUAAAGAGGAGGAAAGAAGAUCGAGUACUACGCGUCCCCAGCCCCAGAAGUCGGACGAAAUGGUGCCGCAAAGCAGGUUUGGAUUGUGCUCUUCUUUAUCGCAAGAUCAAAACGAAAAUGAUCCAUCUUUUUCACUCUUUGAAGUUUCACAUCUUGCUGGUCUCGAUUUGAGUGCUUUUGACGAUGACUAA